AUGAAGCUCCAUUUUUAUGAAAAUGAAGUUAAAACUGCCGCUAAAAACUACCAGGACGAUAUUUUGAAACAUGUUGCCAAACCUCUAAAUGUUGCACUGCUAAAAGUCAUUGGAUUUUCCAGCAGGAUUCCGCUCCAGCUCACAAGGCCAGGUCAACUCUGCAAUGGCUGCAAAAUAAUAUUCCAGAGUUCAUCUCUGCCUUGGAUUGGCCCUCAGGAAGCUCUGAUCUCAAACCACUAG